GUGGAUGGAAGUUUGCUUGGAGGAAGAGCUGCCCCCAACUACAGAGCUAGAGGAAGGCUUAAGGAAUGGUGUUUAUCUUGCCAAGCUUGCGAAAUUUUUUGCCCCUAAUGUGGUGUCAGAAAGAAAGAUCUAUGACGCAGAGCAGGUGCGCUACAAGAGAUCUGGUCUUCAUUUUCGGCACACUGACAAUACUGUGCAGUGGUUAAGAGCAAUGGAGUCCAUUGGUCUGCCUAAGAUCUUUUAUCCAGAGACUACGGAUGUUUACGAUAGGAAAAACAUCCCUAGGAUGAUAUAUUGUAUUCAUGCACUAAG